AUGAAAGUGGCAUACCUCGUCCUCGGCCCCAUGGCCCUCUUCCUUCUGGCUGGCUGCGGCUGUGUCCUCAGCACUUCUAGCGGGAACCUGCGUACCUUCGUGGGCUGUGCUGUGAGGGAGUUCACUUUCCUGGCCAAGAAGCCAGGCUGCAGGGGCCUUCGGAUUACCACGGACGCCUGCUGGGGUCGCUGUGAGACCUGGGAGAAGCCCGUUCUGGAGCCCCCCUACAUUGAAGCCCAUCAUCGAGUCUGUACCUACAACGAGACCAAACAGGUGACCGUCAAGCUGCCCGACUGUGCCCCCGGAGUCGACCCCUUCUACACCUACCCCGUGGCCAUCCGCUGUGACUGCGGGACCUGUUCCACAGCCACCACGGAGUGUGAGACCAUCUGAGGCCGGUGCAGUCUACAGAGCACAGCUGGCGGCCUGAGCCUCGCAGGCCCACCUGUUUGAGCCACAGGAGUGGCUAGCUCCCUGGAUGCAAGACUGAUCCAUGUUGACCAUCCCUGUGGAGGAGGUUACCUGUCACCCCUUAUGUCCAGCUCAGGCCCGGGGCCCAGAGGCAGCAUACUCAUGCUAAAAAUGCAAAACAAUGUGUAUGCCUUCACCAAAAUAAUGUCUCUGGUUCAUUCACCUGCACAUUAAAUUUUCUUUGCCUUGA